AUGUCUGGAGCCAUUCAAAUCAAAGGUCAUAUUCGAACCGAACAUUUUUGUACUCACAGGUUGUGGCUUCCAUGGGUUGACCACAAAUGUGAAGAUACAAGGCCAAGAUCUGUGCCCAUGUGUUUGGAGGUCGUACUACCUAUUUUGAAGAUCUUGAAAAAAGCAUUCGUACGACCUCCAAACACAUGGGCACAGAUCUUGCCUUGUAUCUUCACAUUUGUGGUCAAUCCAUGGAAGCCACAACCUACAGAUCUGCAAGAAAGAGAGCAUGUAGUUUUAUUUGUACAUUCCUUUGCGAGGUACACGGCGCGUAUGAACUCAGUUUCUGUAGUACCACCUGCAUUAUAUGCUCAACGUGCUACGGGGCAUAUUUACUUUUUAGAUUCUCCAGCUACAAAGGUCAACAGCAAAUUUCUAAAGCUUCAUUCGAAUGAAUCAGUUAGACCUUUUACCGAAUGGAAAACAUUACUUCAGCAGAUUGACUUUGAUCCAACAUGGCUCAACCACUAA